GAUGUGUUAUUGUGAAUAAUAGAGCAGUGUUGAUCAUUUUGUAGUGAAUAAUGGCUGAACAGACCCUGGUACAGAAGUGCAUCAGUUCUGUAGUGCAGCACAUCAACCUGCUGGAAAAUCGCAUCACUGAUUUGCCAGCGUCACUUCUUAAGGAUUUGCUGCCUCAUCUAAACUUUUCCUACCUGGACAGGAUUGAAGCCGUCGCUCGUCUCAAAGGAGUCUCCACUGCAUUUGUUUGGGCAUCGAGAUGGAAGGAUUUGAAUGUGACGUGGCGCUACAGGUUAAAGCUGAAGCAGUCGAUGGAGGAGGACUGGAAGCAGAAGUGUUUGGAGAGUUAUUUUCACAUGAGGCUGUUCGGAAACUCCCAAGGCUUCAAUCUGAACCCGAGCGAUCACACAGAUUUCUUCCUGGCGGCCAAACACAUGCGGGUUCUCAGUCUGUUCAGGGCACGAGAUGUGCGCAGGUUAAUUUCGGAGGACCUGCGGCCCAUCCUGACCAUUUUGGAGCGGGAACUGAGGAUGCUCAGGCUGCUUGAUGCCAAGCUGAUGGUGGAAUGCAAAAAGACAGACCUGUUCUUCAUCCUGCACAGACUUCUGGACCAUGGCUCUGUUAGAGAGCUGCACUUAAAGAUGCCCGAUUCUUCUGUUCUCAACUGGCUCACGUCCAGAUCUGCAGACGCUCCCCAUGCUAGGUCGUCUCCAGAUGAGGGUCCUGCUGUGCCCAAGCGGCCUCGGCUUCAUUUCUCCAACGAGGCGGUGCAUGAUGUGGUUUCUCCGUGCUGUGGUGCUGACAGGACCUGUCCAAGGGGAGAGAUCCAUGCUCUGAAUCUGGAGGUCUGGUCAGUGGCAGAAGUAACUCGGCUUCUGCCUUCCUGGACUCAUCUGCACUCGCUUCAUCUCUACGUUAUCCCUUUGCUCUGGGAACAGGAAGUGGACGAGUUGGUGGAAUCUUUCAGAAAGCUUUUCCUGAACCCGCACUGUUCUCUCAGAGACCUGAGCCUGGGGAACAUCUGUGUUCGAGCUCACCUGGCUGCUCUACUGACUUCCUGUCCCAGACUACAGAGCCUUGCACUGGAGAUCAACCUGCCCCGCGACCCCGAGCCCUCACCCAGCCGCCCCUUCCAGCCAAACACAGAACUGUCCCUGGAGAAACUCUCCAUCAAAACGGUCGAUGUUCAGAUGAUGGUGGAGAAUUUUCAGACGGUGCUACGACUCGCCCCAAAACUCACCAGCCUUCAUGUUACAGGAGUAAAAGACGCCCGCCCACUGCUCCAUACCCUGCCAGAAUCUAAUCCUAAUCUGAAGGUGUUGAGGCUGGAGGACAUCAACCUGUCUGACUGUCACCAAGAGCUUCUUCACCUGCUACAGAACUCAGCACUGGAGGAGGUGUGUUUGAAGGACUGCAGGCUGUUGGAUAAGUGCAGGGAGAAGAAGGAUUUCCUGGUAUCGUUUGUAGCAGCUGUAAGGAGCCUUUCUUCACUCCGCUUGCUCUCACUCGCUCAGAAUCGACUCGCUAGCAGCGUCAUAGAGGUAGCAGAUCUGUAUUCAGGAGAACACACUAGCAACAUCACCAAACUGGAUCUAAGCUCAAACUUUAUCCUCCCUGCGGAUCUGCUGGAGUUCAGUCGCAGGAUUGAAACGUACCGCCCCGCUCAGCGCUUCACACUAAACCUGUGCUUCAACCCGCUCGAUCGGGACCCUGAGGUCAGAAGUCAAGCCCUGAAGAAGCUCCUCCCCUUCUGUGACAUAAGGACCGAUGACUGGGACUCCAGGGCCACCAUGGCAGAUCACGUCAGUGUGAUGUGAAGAGACGUUGAACCGUGGAUCUGCUGAUGCUGGCGACUAUAUCGAGUUUAAUACGUUAUAUCCAUAUCACAGUUUAAUACGUUAAUAUGUUGGAGUAAGGUUUCAUUCAUUUAGUUCUCUCACAAGGUCAGUUAUCUUCUCUGAUGGGACUUGUAGGGGCUCAAUGGUGGGUGAAAAUAAACGCACGUUUAAGCUAUGGCAACCGGUUAAAUCAGGCUGUGUCCCAAAUCACACACUCAUGCAACCUGGUAAUACACUGCUGCGCUACCCAAGCACCUGACUGAAAUAUUAGUUUCUGUGCAACAUCAGAUGUCUGAUAUGUUUAUAGUUUAGAUUUUUAAUGGCUUCAUGUCUAAAAAUGUAAAUAUUUAAAAGUCUGCACCUUGUUCAGUAAAAAUGUAAAAUGUAAAAAUCAAGAAAUUUUUUCUUGGAAUAAAAUGUUUGAAUU